ACGGGACUCUCAACAACGAAGGCACAUACCUUCAGGUUCUCAAUGACGUGAAGGAAACGCAGAACUCCCGCCGGGGUAGACAUUGCACCGCCGCAAAUGUUGUAGGGCGAAUAAGGCUGUGAAAAGAAGGUUAAGUGAAAUACAGUGAACGGGGGUCGGUGUCAGCCCUACAGACUUGGUCUGAAAUGAAACCGAGUCGGACACCGCAAUGGCCUUACCUGAGCAAAUUGCGUUGCAGUAAGGAGCUCAGUAUACUGUUGGUGGUUUUCCGAGUAAGACUUGAGCGGAAAUGUCCAGAAGGGGAGGAAGAAGGGCAUCGGCUGCCCCCAGCUCCGCCAGUUCAAGACGCGAAGGGCCUUCACGCGAAGUCGAAGACGACGUUGCGCAGGACGCAGCAUUGGUGGCAGCCCAGGACCCGCAGAAUGCGGAAGUACCAGGGACUGUCGGAGAGGCAGCGCAAGGCGCUUCUGUCGCGGAAAGUACAGGGUCGACUGAAGCGCGAUCGCAACCCGACCUUGCUUCGGAUGGUUCGGGCCCAUUAGCGACGACGACAUCAUUCAGCGUCAUAGCACCGACAGAUGCGCCCGCUGUGGGGGCGGACACCUCGCAGGAAAGCUUGGCGAAAGAUGUAGAUCCCUCAGCGAACCCCGAAGCAGCGCUCUCACCUGCUGCCGCUCCGAGUGCGCUUGUCACAGAACCAACGCCGACGCAGCCAGAGACUGACAAGCCCGAGGUCGACGACUUGCCGGGAGCUGAGGACAAACGACACCAUGAUAGCCUGUAUCUAGCGAUGGAGUUGGAGUAUGAUGAAACAUGGCAAGACAUUGCAGAUAUGAGUUCGUUGGGUCCUUUCCGAUCAGAGUACGAGAAAAUGCACCGAGCGGUGCUCAAAUCGCGAAGCAAUAUCGAGAAGAUGUAUGGCCAAUACGAAACAUCGUAUCGGGAGUACUGUGUCAACCUGGUGCAGACGCAAGAGGCGAAAGAAUCUUCCAUACAAGAUCAGCAUAUGAUUAAGUCACUUCGCACACAGAUCACAAAAGCGGAGGAGACGGUGGAGGCGAGCAUGAAACUGGAGGAGUCCUUCAAGGAAGAGUUGCGGCAGCUGAAGAUCGAAGUUGGCAAUCUGAACGCAACUAUGCAGCAAGGGGUGGGACUCAGUGCCACCCAAGAAAAGACGCUUCAGGAGCUCAUACAAGCGAAAGAGCAGUCCACCAAGGAAUUGGAAGAGGAGCUCGAGAAGAUCGUCCACCUGCGGAAUAGCAUAGCCGAUGUCUCCGAACGAAUCAAAAUGGCAGACCAGCAAAAGCGCGAACUCGAACGCGAGAUCUACGAACUUCGUGACAGGAGCGCAUCGAAGAAAGCUGAAAUCGAUGCCGAGCUUCGGAUAAAAGAGAAACUGGAACGAGAUUUGCGCGAGUUGCGGGUGGUUGUCGGUGUGAAGUUGCAGGAAGUGAGGGGAAAGCAAGACGCGGUAAACCGUGCCACGGAUGAUAUUACCAUAAUCGAGUCUCAAAUCCGAACUCAGAGGCAGAUGACCGAGAAGCUGGUCAAAGAUGAAGAAGCGCUGAACAUCCGAAUGGACGCGUUGCAGAUCGAAGCGAACGAGCAGAUGGAGCUCACAUCGGAUUUGAUGGAGCAGAAUGUCUUGAUGGCGAGCGAGCUGCGGCGGCGGGAAGGCCAGUUGGAGAAGAACCUGAGCGAGGUCAGGAAAGUGGCCAAAAUCAAGGACGCGCUAGUGAAGAAGCUGCAAGCCUGUGAGGAGCAAAAACUGGAAGCCGAGCUUGAGCGUAAAGACAUUCGGUUGGAAUGCGAAGGGAAACUCGACACUAUCGAGGCCACCAAGCGUCAAAUCGACGUGCACAAGAAAGCAAUGGACGAUUUGACGAGAGAGCGAGACUUGAUUGAGAAUAACUUCCACAAGGCGCAAUCCGAGCUCAAUGCUCACGAGCGCAUGAUCCUGCUCUGCAAGCAGACUCGGCAUAACAUCGAGCUUGACAUUGCACGCUACAAUCGCGAAUGCACCGAUCAGACAAAGACCAUCAAAAUGCUACAAGCAGAGCGGGAUGGGUACAUUGCAGAGUCCAUCAAACUGCAAACUGCAUGCGUUGCGGGCUUCCAGGAAAUUAAGAGCAAGGAGGUGGAGCUCUUCGAUUACAAAAAGCGCACGAGCCAGGCAGACACGAAGCUCAAACACCAGCAGAACUUGUACGAGGCUGUGCAGAGCGAUAGAAACCUGCACAGCAAACAUCUUAUUGAAGCACAGGCAGAGAUAGCCAAAAUGAAGCGGAGGUUGAAAAUUAUGAAUUUCCAAAUCAACGGCUUCAAAGAAGAUAUCAACUCGAAACAGCAGGCUCUCACCGCCGAAGCAGCAGAGCAUGCAAAGCUGCAAAAAGAUAUCGAGAUCAUAUCGGAGGAGAUCGCGACUUUGCAGCAUCAGAAUGAUCUCGGCCAGGCCUACAUCCGAUCACAGAGCGCCGAGGCCAACAAGCUCAACCAGUUUGUGAAGGAAGCGGAAAUGGAGCGAUCGCGGCAAGAAAACGCACUGAAGAUUCUCGUAACGGAGCGCGACAACCUGAGCAACCAACUGAUCAAACAGAACGGGGAGCUAGAGAAAGCCUAUGACGCACUGAAGUUACGGCAGGCAUCCCUUCUGUGCAGUGAAAGGCACUUUGCGGCGCAUAUUGAGAAGAUCUCUGAGCUCCGCCGGGAGAUAUCGAGACUCAGGCGAGAAAAAGCUGGCCUGGAUCUUGAAUCUUCUGCUCACCUUAACACGCAGGAAACUGCCCGUCACCUCGAAACCGACCUCCUCACGCAGCAGAUGCGGAUCAAAGCCCUCGAAGACCAGCUCAAACACCGCAUCAACGUCCACCGCUGGCGCAAACUCGAGGGCAAAAACCCAAAAGUCUUCGAUAUGAUCCUACUCCUGCAAUCCUUGCAAAAGAAGCUUAUCAUGAAGUCUCAGGAGGAAAAUGACAAGGAGAAGCUGAUACACAGCAAAGAGAUGCUGUACCUGUACCUCAAAACACUGCUUGCCAAGCAAGUCGGCCCCGAAGCCCUCGAGCAGAUUUCAGAGUACCAACAGAUCCUAAAAGAUAAAAACAUGCAGUUCAGACACAUGGGCACCGAGCUGAACAUGUACCAAGCGCAACUGCGAGAAUAUCGAUACGAGAUUUCCCAGUUCGACAAAACCAUGCAAGUGCUCAAGUCACAAUACUUGGUGGAGCAUCGGGAUCGAGGGAUGAAUAACAGUCCUGUGGGGAAGAAGAAGAUCAGAGCCGCGGUGGGAAGUGGGAAGUUCCCCAACGGGCCGCCUCCACCGCUUCUGCCGUCGAUGGAUAGGGCCGACGCCAACCGGACGCCUCCGUUGAGGAGUCGAGCGUCGGAGGUGGACGUUGCACCGGAAUCGCAAACGAGCGGGCCUGAACCGAUGAUUGCGGAGCCGGCGGAAAGAUCUCUCGCACCGACGGACGAUGUCGCAUAUGGUCAGGCACCACUGGGCGAUGACCUUGCACCGCAGGAUGAACCCGCUCCGCCGCACGAUGAUCCGAUAGCAGAACAGGCGGAACAGGACCUCCCACUGUUUGCCUCAGAGGAUGAUGGGCCGAGCUCUGCUGCGAGCCCUGAGGCGCAUGAUUAUGAGAACGAUGGGGAGGCGCGGAAUGCAGAUACGCAGGCGUCCUCGUCGCCGGUAGUUGAGGAUGACGACAUUGAUGCGCCAAUACAGCAGCUAUCCUGAGACGGGAAUAUUCUCUCAUUCGCGGCAGGCGGGCGAUGUCUAUAGUGGCCCCGUACCCCUAGUAUCUACAUACAAUUUUGGUGUUCUGUGCUUAUAUACAAGUCUACAAUGAUAGUCGCCGUGGCGUUCGGAUACUAAGCUGCAUACGUGACAGAGAGAUAUGUCUGGACGAGGAUCCAUAGCCUGGUGCCUAAACCCUUCUGCGCGUUACUGAUGCUACAGCUACAUCCGAAAAUCGCGCCAGCCUUGCUAAGCACGCAAGCAAGGUUUGUUCACUCCAAAAACAUCACCCAAUCAGAGCUGCUGUCGUAGCUUGUGAGUCGGACGCGUCUGAUGGCACAAGACGCCGCAGUUCAUUGAACGCCUUUGAGAAGAACGGGCGAAUCUCGUUGAUUUCCAUCAAUCCCAGGUUGUCCAUCUACGAUUCGAAGUCGUCAG